UGUGAACGGUCAGUUAAGUCAACACAUAGGAAUAGCAUAGUAGCACAGGCAAUAACUUAAUACUGCGCCGAGCGUCUAUGUUAGUAUCCGUAUUGCGUGCAAACAGCACAACCAACACCAACACAUACACACACACGAAUAUAACAUUAACGAAUAGGUUACUUGAUACACAGUCGGAACAGUUUUGCACAGUCUGCAAAUUAUAGCGCCUAAUUCAGUUGAAAAGUGUAUUUUCUCAGUCAUUUCAUUUCGAACAUUUGAACAAAAUGGAACAACCAUCGGGAUCGGGUAAGCGUCCUCGUGACGAAGACGGAGCAAGUGCGCCAUCCAAAAAGCGGAAUCCCAAUGAAAAACGUGGCGAUGAUCGCGCACGUGGCUUUCAACAAAUUAUCGUCACUCGGCCACACGACGGUCCGAGAAGUUUCAAAGAAGGUGAUCGGCUUCGAUUACAAGCGAAUUACUUUCGUUUGGUCAAAACGCCAAAAUGGCAAAUUUACAAGUACCACGUAAAUUUCGAGCCGGAAUGCGUAAUGUCGCGUUUGCGAAACGCAUUAAUCAUGCAACACAAGGAAAAUAUUGGUGGAUUCUUAUUCGAUGGCACACAGUUAUUCGUGACCAAAGAUUUGGGCGGUGACAGAGGCAUUGUCAAUCUUUCGUCCACCACAAGAACGGGUGAAACGUACACGUUGACGCUGCAGUUUACCAAAAUCGUUCAAAUGGACGAACCAGAAUCGUUGCAAAUUUUGAAUUUGAUUUUGCGCCGUGCAACACAAGCACUCGAACUACAGCUGGUUGGCCGUAAUUACUACGAUGCCGCAUCCAAGAUUGCAUUAGGUCAAUUCAAGAUUGAAUUGUGGCCUGGUUUUGCGACAUCGAUUCGCAAGCAUGAACAAGACAUCCUGUUGAACUGCGAUGUCGCACACAAAGUGAUGCGCAUGGACACCGUCUACGAUUUGAUGGAAGAAACUCUACGGAGUGAUCGCGCCAACUUUCAGAAUAACUUCAAGCAAAAGGCGCUCGGCUUGACCAUUCUGACGGCCUACAAUAAUACCACAUACCGCAUUGAUGACGUCGAUUUCGAAAAAUCGCCAAGAUCUACUUUCGAAAAGAAAGGAACUGCCAUCUCCCUCGUUGAAUAUUACAAAGAUAAAUAUCAAAUUCAAAUUCGGGACGACAAGCAGCCACUGCUCAUUACAAAACCAAAAGAAAGGAACAUUCGUGGUGGCGCGGAUAAGCCGACGUGGCUGAUUCCUGAGCUGUGUCGCAUCACUGGUUUAUCAGAACGUCAACGAUCUGACAUUGGUUUGAAAAAUGCCAUGAAACCGUACUCGCAAAUGGUACCACGUGUACGAAAGGAACGUUUGCUUGCCUACAACAAUCGCGUGCGCACCACUGAGAAAAGUAUCAGUGUGUUGCGCGAAUGGAAUCUCGAUUUAGAUCCGAGAUUGGUGGAUGUCGAAGGCCAUAAAUUGGCACCGGAAAGGCUCUUGUUCGAGAAUAACAAAGAACACGCUGUUGUCAACGGUCAAUGGGAUAGAGAAUGUGGUCGUGGCUUGCGUCUAUUCCAAUCGCAAGUGGUUUUGAAGCGUUGGUACAUCGUUUUCCCGACCGUGAUGGAACGAGAUGUUAACCGUUUCGUUAAUCGCGGCAUGGAAUUGGGACGAAACAUGGGCUUUGAAAUUAGCAAGCCAAGAUUCCAAACGGUGAACAAUGACCGUGCCCUGGCUGGUGAAGUUGACCGCUUGGCCGGUACCAAUCCGCAAAUGAUGUUCUUUGUGGUAACAUCGAACAAAAACAACAACGGCGAUAUCUAUUCGUCGAUCAAGAAAAAAUGCUUCGGUGACCAUGCCGUGCCAUCGCAAGUGGCCACCAAGUUCAAUUUGAUUAAAGAAAAAGGCUAUGAUUCGAUUGUUACCAAAAUCAUCAUCCAAAUGUGCGCUAAACUCGGUGGUGCUCCGUGGGGUGCAAAGAUUCCGUUGGCCGGUGUCAUGACAAUCGGUUUUGAUGUAUCGAAAGAUUCACAAAACAAGAACAUGUCGUACGGUUGUCUCGUGGCUACGAUGGACCUCAAAAGCGAUUUCAGCUUCUUUGCUACGGUUAGCACAUACUCUAGCUCUGAAACGUUGAGCAACGAAUUCAGCUUAAGCGUUCGCAAGGCAAUCGUGGCUUUUCGCGAAAAGUAUGGUGCAUUGCCGAAGAAAAUCAUCAUCUAUCGGGGUGGUGUUGGCGAUGGUGACAUUCCAUACGUUAAAGAUAUGGAAGUAAAAAACCUCGAGAUGAAUCUAAAGAAGAUGUACGAUUCGGCUGAGCAGCCGCUGGAAAUGGCAUUCAUGAUUGUCACGAAGAAGAUCAACAGUCGCAUAUUCAAUGGCGAUCGCAAUCCAGACUGCGGCACCGUAGUGGACGACGUCAUAACGCUUGCCGAACGAUAUGAAUUCUUUUUGAUAUCGGCAUCAUCGACUCAAGGCACUGUAUCGCCCACCAAUUACAACAUCAUCCACGAUACAUCGAAUCUACCACCAAACCGGCUCCAACUUUGGACGUACAAGCAAACCCACUUGUACUUCAAUUGGACUGGUACCACCAAAGUUCCAGCCGUGCUUCAGUACGCCACCAAGUUGUGCUUCUUGGUUUCAAACUACAUGCACCGCGUUCCACACAACCAGUUGGAAAACAGCCUUUACUUCUUGUAGUGCCUCAAGUACUUAUUUUUUUUUCUAUCAUUUAUUUACAUAUUUUUUUUUAGAAUAAGUUUGAAUAUUGAUAAAAACAAAAAUAAUCUCUCUAAAUGUCCUGAAAUAUCAAAACAUUUAGUAAACUGAUCGUCAUUUAUCGAUGCAUGCAUGUAUGAAUGAUGCAGAAAAAAAUCAGGCGCAGACUUUGAAAAAGUCAUUAAAUUUAUUGCUUUUAUGUUGAAAACAUAUUCCAUUAAUCUCAUCUAUUCUUAUCAUUAUAAAUACAUUAAAUGAAACAUAAGCAGAACAUAAAAGUGCUUACAAUUGAAAAGUGUCAUGUUUAUUGGACGAUCUUCAUACACCGGCAAACACAUCAUUUCCAAUGGUCACAUUUCGUUUUAAAAACUGAAUCAUAUUUUCAUGCCCAAACACUUCAAUGUUAAUAUUAGGACACAGCAAAUGUUAUGCAAACAUAUAUAAGCUAAACAUACCGCAGUCUAGCACUGCCAUCAUCAAAAUUCAUGAAGAAAAAAAACCAUUGUUUAUAUUAGCAUUAGCCAUAGCAUCGCAAUGAAAAAUGCCAAUUGAAACAAAAAUUUAUGUCUCGCCGCUUAGUUCGAUAUUUAUUAUUUGUUUGAGCAACUGAAUGAAAAACAAGCAAUUUAAACAAUCGACAAAAUUUAUCGAUGUAACAUAAAACGGUGGAGCAGAAUGAUCAUGUUUUUUUUGUUCGGAAUUUUAAUAAAUUCAUAACUUAGCCCAUAACUUAGAAAUAAGUUUCAUUCAUUGUAAUUUUCUCCUGGAAAAUAAACUGAUUACCAUUCCCGUACAUAUUGGAA